UCUGUAGAUGCUGAUAACAAUAAAUAUCAGCCAGCCAGGAAGAGAGAGGGAGGGAGAGGUUCAUGCCACCAGGUGGACCCUCCAAAACCCUUUUCUUCUACCAACUCAUAUCUAGGAGCGAUUACUGCGAGGACACAGUGUCCGCCCAGCGAAGUACUAUAAAACAUCCCCAACUCCACUUGAAGGCUAAGUUCCAAAGAACCGAAGCUCUCACAUCCCAAUGUACUAGGCAACACCAAUAUCCACCAACCAACAUCAAUCACUCUACAGUUUGCUAACUCUCCUGCAAGCAAGCACAGAAACAGAUGGGGAGAUCUCCAUGCUGUGAGAGAGCGCACACCAACAAAGGGGCAUGGACUAGAGAAGAAGAUAAGCGUCUCGUUGCUUAUAUCCAAGCUCAUGGUGAGGGUUGCUGGAGGUCCCUACCAAAAUCAGCUGGCCUUCUUCGUUGUGGAAAGAGUUGCCGUCUUCGAUGGAUCAACUAUCUACGCCCUGAUCUUAAGCGUGGGAAUUUUAGUGAAGAAGAGGAUGAGCUCAUUAUCAAACUCCACAGCCUCCUGGGUAAUAAGUGGUCUCUCAUAGCGGGGAGGCUGCCAGGAAGGACAGAUAACGAGAUCAAGAACUAUUGGAAUACCCAUAUAAGAAAAAAGCUGCUGAGCAGAGGAAUUGACCCUUCGACUCAUCGACCAAUCAAUGAAUCAGCCCUUGACAACAUGACCACCUCUCUCGGUGCAGCUCUGAAAGAAGAGAUCACUUAUGGCUUUGGGUGCAAAAACCAGAAGAACCCAAACGGAGAAAAGUGUCAGGAAUUGAAUCUUGAGCUGAGGAUAUGCCCUCCCUAUCAGCAUCCACCUCAGUCAAUGGAGAGCAUAGGCAGGAAAAUAAUGUGUUUCUACUGCAGCUUAGGAUUGAAAAACAGCAAGGAUUGCAGUUGCAGUAAUGACAGUGACGAUUUCCUUGUUAUGAAGAACGGUACUCUGGAUUACAGAAGGCAGGAAAAUAAUUCUAAAUUCGGCUUAUUUAUUGUGAAUAGAUAAAGACAGAUUUUUUAUAUGGAAUCUCCUUUCUCAGCUUGAAAGCAAUGAUGCCUAAGCUUAAUGACCUAUGAAACUGUCCACCUAAGUCCAUAAAUUAAACAGCCAAUUCCCCCCUUCUGUUAUCAUCAACAUUGUCAGUUUGUGGAUGCAGAUAGAUUGUUUUAUUUUUCUCCAUCUUUCCUUAUCUUCCCCUGUAAAUUCCGAUAGAAAAGAGAGAUGAUUAUGGAUAAGCAGUGAGAGGAGGAGAAUCAAAAGGUAUCAGAUGGAAGUGGGUAACCUAUCGGAGUCAUGCAUAAAAGAAGAGAGAGACAGACAGACAGACAGAAGGACGGCACAUUGUUGAUGGCUCAAUAUUCAUUUAACGCAUGCCUACCACCUACUUAACAAUUGUCCCAAUAAUCAAAAACAAAAUUGGAUUCUGUGAAAUGUUUGUGA